UCGUUCUCCCCAUGAUUUUACGAUUCUACCUUCAUUCGGAAGCUUUCAAAGGUUUGAAUUAACCAGUUUCGCAAUUCCAAAAUGGAUUGAGGACAUUAUCGUCAUUUAACUUACCAAUUUUAAUAUUGUUGAUUCUUUCCUCAGAGCUUGAUGCCUGACGGGUUUGAGAGUUGAGAUUGUUUCACAAGCGACAUUUUCUGUUUUCAAGUGAAGAAAGCUCCCUUCCUAUACAAUUUAAAUUCCAGAAUUCUGUAAGCUUCGACUUUAUAUGGAAAAGAAACUAGGGUUUCUCUGUCGCUGAGAUAGCUGUUGAUUCGAUUCUCAGAAGAAUGUGUGAAAUCCAUCAUUAACAGAGAAGGCAUUUGCCAUUCCUUGAAUAGGAUGGCAACUGAGAGUCCUGUGAGACUGGUAGAAUCUACUGGUGCUAGAAACUGGUCCUCUUCCAAGGAGGCUGCAACAUUUGCGUCAUCUUCAAAUAAUAUGGCAGCAGAAGAGUUGGGAUUGCUGUUGAAUAGUCAGAGGUUUCAUGGAACUGGGAGGGAUGUAGUCCCUAAUCGGAGUGGUAGUGCACCUCCAAGCAUGGAGGGAUCUUUCACAGCCAUGGGGAACCUUAUAGCUCAGAACUCCAGUCUGGAUACAAGCUUGGCAAGUUUAAAGAGUGCUAUUGAAAAUUGUGAGUCUGAGGAGCAACUCCGUGCAGAUCCAGCCUAUUUGGCAUACUACUGUUCCAAUGUGAACUUGAAUCCCAGACUUCCUCCACCUCUUAUCUCACAAGAAAAUCGCCGUUUGGUGCAUCAUGUUGGUGGUUUUGGUAAUAAAUGGAGAUUGACUUCAUUUGAUGACAGUGACAACGGAUCCGUGCAACUGUCUCGAGGUACCCUUUCUACCCAUAAAGAGGAACCAGAGGAUGAUAGAUCACCCCCACAGGUGUUUGGUGAUUGGGCAGAAAGGAGUAGUCUUUUUCCUGGACAGCAGACAAGUUCUUUGGCAGGCCGGCAUAAGAGUCUGGUUGAUCUUAUACAGGAAGACUUCCCCCGCACUCCAUCUCCUGUAUAUAACCAGUCUCGUUCCUCAAGCCAUGCAGCCACAGAGGAAGGAGUUGAUCAUGAUGUCCUUGUCACCUCUGUACAUGAUCCACCUAAUAAUACAGCAAAAUUACUGGAUGGAACAAAUGGUGAUUCUUCUUCUGCUCCUGUUUUGAGCUCAUCAUCCCCUCAUGGGAUGGGAAGCCCUCAUGCCAACCAGAUAGGAGGGUCAAGUAGUGUAGAUACCAAUUUGGAAGAUGAUGCCCUAAUUACUGGCAUGACUGAUCCGGAUAUUAUCAGUAUCGAAUCUGAAUUUAAAGCUCUUGAUAUAUCCAGCCUGCGAAAUGCAGAUCACCGGAAUCGACAAGAAUGGCAACAUCCUCAACCAAAUAAUUCACAGCACCAUAAUUUGCGCCCUCAACGAGGCACUGCAUCACAAGUUCAUGGUGGUCAAUCCCAGAUGAUUUCUCAAGGAACGCACCGUCAAUAUGUUGGUAGCAAUCAAUUUUCUCUUGGUCACUCCAAAUUUUCAGCAGUUGAGGGACAGCUGGCUCUCCAGUCUUCUGGAAUCAUACCUCCCCUAUAUGCUACAGCAACAGCCUAUAUGGCUUCAGGAAAUCCGUUUUACCCUAACUUGCAACCAUCAGGAUUGUUUGCUCCACAAUAUGGUGUAGGCGGAUAUGCUUUAAAUACUGCUCUUCUUCCUCCAUUUGUAGCUGGAUACCCUCCUCAGAGUGCUAUUUCAAUGGCUUUUGAUGGAACUGCUGGUCCUAGCUUUAGUGCUCGACCUGCUGUUGUUUCUACCGGGGGAAGCAUAGCACCUGGAGUUGAUUUGCAACAUCUGUACAAGUUUUAUGGGUUAGCGCCGCAGCCACCUUUUGAUCCUCUUUAUAUGCAGUACAUUCAGCAUUCAUCUGAUGAUGCAUAUCCAUUGGCAUCUAGGGUCAUGAGGAGCCAUGGAGAUAACUUUGAUUCACAGAGAGCCUCUUCUGCAACUGCUUAUCCAGCAGAUCAGAAGUUGCAGUAUCCGAGAAGUGUGGGUGUAACCAUCCCAAGCCCAAGAAAAGGGGGAAUCAGUAGUUCAAAUUUAUAUGGUGGCCCUCCUGAUGUGGGGGUCUUGAUGCAAUUCCCAACCUCACCUCUUGCUAGUCCGGUAAUGCCAGGAUCCCCAAUUGGUGGGACAAGUCUACCAGGGAGGAGAAAUGAAGUGAGAUUUCCAGUGGGUUCUAGUAGAAAUCAAGGGGCAUAUUCUGGAUGGCGAGGACAAAGGGGAACUGAGAGGUUUGAUGACCCAAAGACGUAUUGUUUCCUUGAAGAGCUGAAAUCUAGUAAAGCCCGAAGAUUUGAACUAUCUGACAUUGCUGGACGCAUUGUUGAAUUCAGUUCUGAUCAACAUGGGAGUCGGUUUAUUCAGCAGAAGUUAGAAACUUGUAGUGUUGAUGAAAAGACAUCUGUUUUUAAAGAAGUUCUUCCACAUGCUUCAAAAUUGAUGAUUGAUGUCUUUGGGAAUUAUGUUAUUCAAAAGUUUUUGGAGCAUGGAAGCCCUGAACAGAGAAAAGAACUUGCAAUUCAACUUACUGGUCAUAUAUUGCCUUUAAGUCUUCAGAUGUAUGGCUGUCGUGUUAUCCAGAAGGCACUCGAGGUUAUUGAGCUGGAUCAGAAAACAAAGCUUGUGCUUGAACUUGAUGGGCAUGUAAUGAGAUGUGUACGUGAUCAAAAUGGAAAUCAUGUAAUACAGAAAUGCAUCGAGUGUGUUCCAACACAGAAAAUUGGGUUUAUUAUUUCUGCUUUUCACGGUCAAGUUGCAACACUUUCUACACAUCCAUAUGGUUGCCGUGUUAUCCAGAGAGUUCUGGAGCAUUGUACAGGUGGCCUGCAAAGUCAAUGUAUAGUGGAUGAAAUUUUGGAAUCUGCUUCUGCUCUUGCCCAAGAUCAGUAUGGCAAUUAUGUUACCCAGCAUGUUUUGGAGAGGGGAAAUCCACAUGAAAGAAGCCAAAUUAUUAGCAAAUUGUCAGGGAGAAUUGUACAAAUGAGCCAGCAUAAGUUUGCAUCAAAUGUGGUUGAAAAGUGUUUGGAGCAUGGUGAUGCUACUGAACGAGAACUCUUGAUUGAGGAGAUUGUUGGACAGACUGAGGGAAAUGAUAAUUUAUUGGCAAUGAUGAAGGACCAAUAUGCAAAUUAUGUGGUCCAGAAGAUUCUUGAAAUGUGCACAGAUAAACAACGGGAAGUGUUGCUGAAUCGUAUUAGAGUUCAUCUUCAAGCUUUGAAGAAAUACACUUAUGGGAAACACAUUGUUGCUCGGUUUGAACAGUUAUAUGGUGAAGAAAUUCAAGCUUUGGAAACAUGAGGUAGAAGGACAGGAAAUGUUUGAAUGGUGUCCUAAUUUCUUUGUGGUUGGUGAAGACAUCACAGAAGAUGCCCCUGCCCUUCCCGGCAUUGGAAA